CAUAAAGCCGGCGGCAGCGCUGCCCCCGCCCGGCUCCAGCACCGACCAUGGGUCACCUGCAGCUCUGGCUGGCCGUCCUGGCCGGGUUCACGGGGAUCGCGGCCCAAGAAGACCUGUACCGAAAGGUGUUCGUGUUCCGAAAGGAUCCCAGCGAUGCCUACGUGGUGCUGCGGGCGCGGCUGGAGCAGCCCCUGCACAACUUCACCGUGUGCCUGCGCUCCUACACCGACCUCAGCCGGCCCCACAGCCUCUUCUCCUACGCCACCAAAGUCCAGGACAACGAGAUCCUGCUCUUCAAGCCCAAACCCGAGGAGUACCGCUUCUACGUAGGGGGCAAGUUCGUCACCUUCCGCGUCCCCGAGGGCCGCGGGGACUGGGAGCACGUCUGCGCCAGCUGGGAAUCCGCCACCGGCAUCGCCGAGUUCUGGCUCAACGGGAAGCCCUGGCCGAGGAAGGGGCUGCAGAGGGGCUACACCGUGGGGGCCACGGCCGCCAUCCUGCUGGGGCAGGAGCAGGACAGCUUCGGUGGAGGCUUCGACUUCUACAACUCCUUCUCGGGGGAGCUGACCGAUGUCUACCUGUGGGACGUGACGCUGUCCCCGGACAAGAUGCGCGCAGCCUUCCUGUCCCUGCGCCUGCCGCCCGCCCUGCUGGCCUGGAACAGCCUCAGCUACGAGGUGAAGGGAGACGUGGUGGUGAAACCGCGGCUCCGGGAGGCGCUGAGGGCCUGA